AUGCAAUACGGUGGAGCUGACGGCGAGGACGACGGUGCUCUAUUGCGAACAGCUUACAGGGAAGCUGAGAAGAAGUAUCAGCUCUUUAGGGAAAGGAAAGUCAAGAUGAAGCAUGGGAAGCCGAAGCCGGGCAAGCUCGUGAUACGUCCAAUCGACACGAGUGAUGUUCUGGACCUUCACUUAGGUCCAAAAGCUCCUCUUCCCCCAGAAGUCUUCCGCCACCACGUGCCUAAUUACGAUGGCCCAGUCUACACCUUUGAGCGCCACCCAGCCCUACCAGCGCCCCAGCAGUUCGAACUCAUCGCAGCAGCCCUCAUGGACUAUCCGGAGCCCCCCGCACACACCAACCAUGACCUGCAGUACGGCCCGCUGACGGGUCUAUGGCGGGCUGCGCGCCAGGGCCUAAGACUCAACUGGGGCCGCAAGGAUGACCCACAUGGUGGACCACCCGCCUCGACGCUGCUACAUAAGCUGCGUUGGGCAACGCUGGGGCCGCAAUUCGACUGGACGCAACGGCAGUACGACUUUGAAAGCGUGUACAGGAGGCUGCCGCCCUCCCUGGAGGCUCUAGCCAAACAGUUGGCAGCGGUCGUGGACGGACUUGAGGGCGCUGGGCUGAGGGUGUUGCCGGCCGCAGCGGCCUGUGGAGGCUACAGACCUGACGCUGCCAUCGUCAACUACUAUCAGCAAGGUGACGUGUUAGGGGGUCACCUGGACGAUGUGGAACGCGACAUGGCACAGCCAAUCGUCAGUGUGAGUCUCGGCUGCCCCGCCAUCUUUCUCAUGGGGGGCCGCACCAAGCACGUGGCCCCAUCCGCCCUGCUGCUGCGAGGCGGGGAUGUGCUGGUGCUGGCGGGGGACGCACGGACAUGCUAUCACGGUGUGCCGCGCAUCCUGGAGGCAAAUUACCCCCGCGUAAAUGUCGGUGGCUGUGGCGGUGAUGAUGGUGACGGCGGCGGCUGUUGCAACGGCAGUGGCGGCUUCCGCGCGCAGGAAGGCUGCUGGGAUGGACAGGGGGGAACCUUUGACGGCGUGGACUUCAUCCAGGGCUACAUCCGCAGCGCCCGCAUCAACAUCAGCAUCCGCGCCGUGACUUGA